CGGAAGAGUUUUGUCGGAACAUGUUGGGGCAUAUACCAUCGUUUAACAAAGACAAAAUUAGCUUUUAAAAGCGAAAUUACCAGAUUUUUUUUUGUUUUUAGGAAGUUAACAGCUCAGUUGUGUAACUUGAUUGUGCUAGAUUCACCAGAAUGUUCAGUUUGAACCGUGUUUUGUGUGUCGGGACUAUUAUUGUCCCUCAAAGCACCUCCUCCCUCACUGUAUGCCACUUUUCUGCUUCGCGUUAUCUAASCAGACCCAAAAGAAGGAGUCCGUACAGUUCUGUGGACAGUGACCGCUACACUUCGCUUGUAAAAUCCGUGAUGUCCUCCACCAGGGUCAGCUCUCAAACCCCCGAGACCCUCCAGGCAGAAGACGACCAGAUUUAUGGACCAGUUGUCAAAGCUCCUCUACCGAGAACUGAGAAGGAAAAAGGACCAAAGGUUCUCCAUCCUUUUGUAAAUUACCAGAAAGCUUUUGAAACAGACGAGCCAGAGUCAGGACCCCCUGUUCAGAUUUCAUUAACACGAGGACAAGGCAGGUCUUCUGUGCCCAGCGUGACCCGGAUCCUUCAGCAGACCCUUUCUCCAGAGCAGAUCUUCUACCUGGAGCGAUGGAAGAGGAAGAUGAUCGCUGAGUUUGGAGAGGAAGGCUUCAAAGAAUACAGUCAGAAUCUAUUUAGACAAGGAAAGCUUUUCCACUCAGCUCUGGAGGAUAUUUUCAGAUCUGGUGCAACCUGGAAGCACAGAGACCCCUCAGAGACACCAGAAUAUSCACCUGAAGUCCGAGGAUACAUCCAGAGUGUCUCUCACAUCCUGGAGGAUGUCAGCGCAGUGAGGGCUACAGAAAGCACRGUGCAGCACCGCACCCUGAACUACCUGGGAGUCGUGGACUGUGUUGCUCGUUACAAGGGUGUGCUGUGCAUUAUCGACUGGAAAACCUCAGAAAAACCCAAACCGUUCCUGAGCAACACGUACGACAACCCCGUUCAAGUGGCAGCGUAUGCCGGGGCUUUGAACGACGACGGCAACUACAAAUACCAGGUUGAAAACGGGCUCAUUGUUGUGGCCUACAAGGACGGCUCCCCGGCCCACGCUCACAAGCUCAGCUCAGACAUGAUGUCGGAGUACUGGAAGACGUGGUUGUUGCGCCUUGAAGAAUAUGGGGAACAAAGAUCAAGCACAUCGUCACGUUCUAAUGAAAAAUUACAAGAUGUGUAAAAAAAACCUGCUUCCGCAUCAUGGUCUGUAUCAGUUGUUUUAACUCAAGGCAUGUGAUUUCCAACUUUCUUCAACUUCCAUGUUUUUUAAUAGAAUCACUUUUUGACUGUAA